UGUUUGCCGGUUGUUUUUUGCCGAUGGCGAUGGAUCACGUUUGGCGGCGUAAUUUCUGUCGAAAAACGUGUCGAUUAUAAAGUUAUUAAAAGUGCAUUGCCGUGAAUACGUAUAAAUAGUGCGUGCUGCUGGAUAAGAAAUGUUCCGGCCGGCUGGAUAUUCCGAUUCGGAUUCGUAUUCCGACUCGGAAUAUGACUUCUGCUAUGGUCGCGACAAAUCUGAACGCAAACCUGUCCCGAACACCCACUGGCUCGCCCAACCGGCCCGAGAGGACCACCAUGACGCGCUGUACCGGGCCAUCCUGGAGGGUAAUCUGGUGGAGGUGCAACGCCUCCUCGAACUGGACCGUACGCUGGAGUUGGCCUGUCUGCGCACCGGGUGGCCAUCGCUGCUGGUGGCGUCCAGCGAGGCCCGGCCGGAGAUUGUGAGCUACCUGCUGGAGGUGCGCCGGAUUGACGUGAACGAAACUUGGGACCUGAAGACGGCUCUGAUGGUUGCGUGUGACUCGAUGGUGGAUGAGGAACGCGUGCUGGAGACUGUGAAAUUGCUGCUGGAGUUUGGUGCGGUUAUAAACUGUAAGGAUCGGCAGGGGAAGACGCCGCUCAUGUUUGCGGCCACGCGAGGACAUACGGAGGUCGUACGGCUGCUGGUUGACCAAGCUUCGCUGGAGGCAACGGAUAACGAUGGGUUGACGGCGUUGUUUCACGGGGUUAACUCGAAGAACGUGGAGAUUGUGGAGAUGCUGUUGAAGGCGGGUAGUGCAACGGAUAUUAUCAACCGUCGCGGGUUCACGCCCAGGCAGGAGGCCGAGUUCGAGGGCUACGCGGAUAUUGUGGCGCUGUUUCCGGUCGAGAAUCACUUUAACAUUCCGUUCAAGUACAUGAGCUACGCCCGCUAUCAGGACAUUGCGCAGGGGGAAAGUGAAGUGGACCGACCCGGAUACUAUCCGGAGAUCGGCUUGUUGUUGUACGGGAUGUACAGCGAGCAACAUUUGGAGCGGUUCGCCAAGGAGAACAUUGAUCUGGCGCGGUUUCUCACGCUGGACGACGACCAGUUGAAGGAGCUUGGGUUUACGUUACCCUUUGAGCGGAAGAAGAUUCUGUACGGACUGCUAAAGUUCCAUCGACGCGCCUGGAGCAAGCGGAGUAUGUGCAAGUUCAGCAAGGACCGGCAACUCGAUUCCUUCGACCUGCUCGAAACGGUUUGCACCCACCUAAAACAGGUGACCGUAAUGCAAGCUUCGCUGGUGUUCGUAGCCAAAAUGAUGCCCCCGGCGGAGAUCAAGGACAAACUCACGCCCCAAAUCCGGGACUGUCUGCGGAAAGCCGCCGAACUGCGGCAAGCCGUGGAUGAGUUCAGCGAGGAGAUCAAACGAAUUCACGCGCUGACCGCGCCCCGGCCUGUGAUGCACAUUGAUGGGAAGCGGGAGGCGCAACUCAAAGGCCGAUGGUUGGUGAAGAUGGUUAAGUUUUCGCUGCUUUCGGGAGUUGUUUCGUUUAUGGUUUACAGGCGGCUCAAGAAUUGAGGUUAAAUUUGAAAACGAUGAUUUAUAUCCUCUAUCGAUGUUAUCUUAUAAAGAACUAGAAUGA